GAGAGAGAGAGAGAGAGAGAGAGAUGAGUAAUAUGAGCUUAGUGCUGGUAAUCACCAUAGUUGUCUUCUUUGGGCACAUAGGAGACUCAGAAGGAGGGGACUUGAGGAAGAAUUUCUACAAGAGCGCAUGUCCUCUUGCUGAGGAAAUAGUGAAGGAUAUCACGUGGAAGCAUGCCGCCAGUAACUCAGCUUUGCCCGCCAAGUUCCUGAGGAUGCAUUUCCAUGAUUGCUUCGUUAGGGGUUGCGAUGGCUCAGUUUUGCUAGACUCGGCGAACAACAAGGCGGAGAAGGUGGCGGUUCCGAACCAGUCGCUAACCGGGUUCGACGUAAUAGACGAGAUCAAGGAGAAGCUGGAGGAAACAUGCCCUGGGGUCGUCUCUUGUGCCGACAUCCUGGCUUUAGCUGCUAGAGACUCGGUCUCUUUCCAAUUCAAAAAGUCGAUGUGGGAGGUGUUGACUGGAAGAAGAGAUGGGAGAAUUUCACGUGAAUCAGAAGCGCUUUCCAAUAUCCCUUCCCCAUUCUUCAACUUUACAACUCUCAAGCAAUCUUUUGCCAACAAGAGCCUCACUCUUCACGACCUUGUUGUCUUAUCAGGUGGGCACACGAUUGGGGUCGGGCACUGCAACUUCUUCAGCAACAGGCUCUACAACUUCACCGGAAAAGGCGACCAAGACCCGUCCCUCGACCCGACCUACGCCUCUCAACUGAAGGCUCAAUGCAAGACGCUCUCCGAUAACGCCACCACUGUCGCGAUGGACCCCGGAAGCCCCCUCUCCUUCGACAGCCACUACUACAAGGCCGUGAACCGAAAGCAGGGCCUCUUCCAGUCCGACGCCGCGCUCCUGACCAACUUGGAGUCGAGGAAGAUCGUCAACGAGUUGCUGGACCAGGAUGGCUUCUUCACCGAGUUCGGCCAGUCGAUGAAACGGAUGGGCGCGGUCGAGGUGCUCACGGGGAGCAACGGCGAGAUCCGGAAGAAAUGUAACGUGAUUAAUAGAGAGAGAGAGAGAGAGAGAGAGAGAGAGAGAGAGAGAGAGAUGAGUAAUAUGGGCUUAGUGUCGGUAAUCGCUAUGGUUGUCUUCUUUGGGCACAUAGGGGAUUCAGAAGGAGGGGACUUGAGGAAGAAUUUCUACAAGAGCGCAUGUCCUCUCGCUGAGGAAAUUGUGAAGAGUGUCACGUGGAAGCAUGUCGCCAGCAACUCAGCUUUGCCCGCCAAGUUCUUGAGAAUGCAUUUCCAUGACUGCUUCGUUAGGGGUUGUGACGGCUCAAUUUUGCUAGACUCGACGGGGAACAACAAGGCGGAGAAGGAGGCGGUUCCGAACCAAUCGCUAACUGGGUUUGAUUUGAUAGACAAGAUCAAGGAGAAGCUAGAGGAAACAUGCCCCGGCGUCGUCUCUUGUGCCGACAUCCUCGCUUUAGCUGCUAGAGACUCGGUCUCUUUCCAAUUCAAGAAGUCACUGUGGGAGGUGUUGACUGGAAGAAGAGACGGGAGAAUCUCACGUGAAUCGGAGGCGCUUUCCAAUAUCCCUCGACCAGUCUUCAACUUCACGUCUCUCAAGCAAUCUUUUGCCAACAAGGGCCUCACUCUUCAUGACCUUGUUGUCUUAUCAGGUGGCCACACAAUUGGGGUCGGGCACUGCAACUUCUUCAGCAACAGGCUCUACAACUUCAACCGCAAAGGCGGCAAAGACGACCAAGACCCUUCCCUGAACCCGACCUAUGCCUCUCAACUGAAGGCCCAAUGCAAGACGCUCUCCGAUACCACCACCAUAGUCGCGAUGGACCCCGGAAGCCUCCUCUCCUUCGACAACCACUACUACACGGCAUUGAACCAAAAUCAGGGCCUCUUCCAGUCCGACGCCGCGCUCCUGACCAACAAGGAGUCAAGCAAGAUCGUGAACAAGUUGCUGGACCAGGACCGCUUCUUCACCGAGUUCGGCCAGUCGAUGAAGCGGAUGGGCACGGUCCAAGUGCUCACCGGGAGCAACGGCGAGAUCCGGAAGAAAUGUAAUGUGAUUAAUUAGGUGUGAAGCUUUAUAGUUUCUUUAUGGGUUAUGUAUGUGUUCUGAGAGCAUAUGGUUAAUAAGAAGUAG